GGGCAGCUUCCAAGUAAGAGGUGUUGUGCGGUCCUGUCCAGCAGCGUCCCAAAGAUGUCUUUUGCCAGAGUUCUGGUGGCGAUGGCGGUGCUGGGGCUGACCUCGAGUGCCCCCAGCCCGAGCGUCCUCGACCAGGGCUUCGCACGAGGAAGUGCCAGCGCCGGAGGGAAUGCGGGCGCCCGCGGGGCGUCGUCUCUCACUGCUGGCGCCGUUGGGGGCUCGGGCGCUGCUGGAGGAUUCGGCGCAGGAUUCGGAGGAGACCUGACUUCUCUCCUGCCCUUCCUCGAGAGCGAUUUUGAUCUGUUCGAGGCACCGGAGUUCGAUCUAGAGCCUGAGGACCUGUUCUUCAGUCAGCUUGCAGGUCUGGGAGGAAGAUUCGGCCCGCUCGGUGGAGUGGGAGGGGGACUCGGAGGAAGAACGGGAGGACCUAGCCAGCAAGGAGCAACGGCAGGAGGACGCGGGGGAAGAGCUGAGGGAGGACUCGGCCAGCAGGGAGCAACAACAGGAUUGGGCCAGCAGGGAGCAACAGCAGGAUUGGGCCAGCAGGGAGCAACAACAGGAUUCGGCCAGCAAGGAGCAAUGGGAGGAGCAUUUGGCCAGUUCGGAGGACUCGGCCCACUGGGAUUCUUCGAUGGCGAGGAAUUCCUGGACUACGAGGACCUUCUCUUUUCCUCCCUGUUCUGAGACUCGCAGGGAAGGGCGAGGUGGAAGCGAAGGGGGAAUUGGCCAAGGCAUAUAUUCCCAACCUAAAGGGAAUUAUUUAUUAUUAAUAUAAGGAGAAACUGAUUCAUCCUCUGCUCUCUCUUGUAUAUUUCCCUGAUUCAAAGGAAAUAGACGUAUCCCUUUGCAUCAAAAAGAUGUAAACGUGUAAAUAAAAGACCAAUGUAA